AUGGAUUCAUCGGGAAAUAAAGUUCACGGAUAUACGAAGAAAAUAUGGUACGCCCCAAAUAAAUUCGAGUCAUAUGGUGAUGAAGAAAUCAAAGCUGUCGAAGCCUGCUUACGCAAGGGUUGGCUUGCACCAGGUCCCAUUACUGAACAAUUUGAAUGCGAAAUAGCAGGUAUCUUUGGAAAAAAAUAUGCUGUAAUGGUUAAUUCAGGUUCAUCAGGUAAUAUAUUGGCAUUGCUCGUUGCAGGUUUGAAAGCAGGCGAUGAAGUUGUUACACCUGCAUGUACCUUUUCCACAACUGUUGCUCCCAUUGUUCAACUCGGCAUCGUACCCGUAUUCUGUGAUGUAGAACUCGGUUCGUAUGUACCUUCUGUCACACAAAUUAUUGAAAAAGUUAGUCCACGUACAAAAGCUUUCUUUCUUCCGAACUUGAUCGGUAGCAAGCCUGACUGGCAAGGAUUGAAGGACCAAUUAUUUAUGUUAGGUCGUCGAGAUAUUUUGCUCAUCGAAGAUUCCUGCGAUACGAUCACGAACACUACAAUAACAGAUAUUGCUGUAACCUCAUUUUAUUCUAGUCAUAUCAUUACAGCAGGUGGUGGUGGUGGAAUGGUUAUGUGUAAUGAGAAGAGUCAACGUGAUCUUGCUUUACAAUAUCGUGAUUGGGGACGAAUGGGUACGAACACUGAAUCAUUCUCAGAACGUUUUGGACAUUGUGUUGACGACAUUGAAUACGACUUCAAAUUUUUGUAUCCUGUUCUCGGUUAUAAUUUGAAAUCGACUGAAAUGAAUGCUGCAUUUGGUCUAGAACAGUUAAAAAAGUUACCACUAUUUCUUGAAACACGUCGUCAAAAUAUAAAUCGUUUUGUGCAACAACUCAAAGAAUUAGAAGCUCAUGGCCUUAUACUCCCAAAAAAUCAUGACAAAGUAGAUUGGCUUGCAUUACCACUCAUGUUACCCAACCGCAAAGAUAUAAAAAAUUUAUUGGAAGAUUAUGCUUGA